AUGGAAAGCACCGUUCUGACAAUCGUAGCCUCUGGCAACGGCGUAAAUUCGAAUACUAUCGUCGGCAUGGUCUACGGAGCACUUAUGCUUGCGAUCGCAUGCACUCAACUUUUCUUGGAUUAUCAAAGAUCUCGCUCAACUCGUGGCAAUGGUCAGUGA